AUUGCAUCAGAAAUGCUUUCAGCCAUUGGUUUACCAUUGAAUCGAUGGUCGCAUUGAAUAUCUGUCACAACACUGAACACAUCCACUGAAGACACCAUCAAACACGUGAACACGUGACUCAUCCCAAGACAUGUCAGACGGUCUAAAUCGGGCCGAACUGAUCUCAAUCUUCAUAAGGGCUGGAAUAUUAGGCAUCUGUUCAUACUUUGCGGUCAAAUGGAUGGUCAAUACAUUAGAUCCGACGAGAAAACAGAAACGGGAGGCACAGCAACGGGCGGAACGCCUACUAUCUCGCCUGGGAGUGACUGAUCUGAAGGCCUCACUGAAUGAGUACGAGCUGUCAAUAGCGGCCCAAUUGGUGGACCCGCAGAGCAUAGACGUGACCUGGAGUGACAUCGCAGGCCUCGAGGACGUGAUUGAAGACAUUAAGGCGACUGUCAUUCUGCCGAUACGGACACCGGAGCUGUUCGUGCGCUCGGAGUUGCAUCAGCCGCCCAAAGGAGUCCUCCUUCACGGGCCGCCCGGUUGUGGCAAAACGAUGAUCGCGAAGGCGACGGCCAAGGAGGCGGGCGCUCGG